AUGAUAGUUGCUCAAUACGGUGGAAAAUUAGCCAUUGGUAAUUUACAAUCAACUCCAUUAGCUUCAUUAGCUAAAUUAAAUAUUCAUGCAAUGUGUGAUGAUCUAAUGCGAAAAUUAAUGGAAAAAUUAAAUAUUCCCAUACCUGAACGGGAACUUCAUCGACGAAUACGUACUACCAUUAAACAACAAACUGUUUCAAUAAUAGGUUUCGAUCUUAAUCAAGAUAUUGCUUAUACACUUUUUUCAACAGUAAGAAUACUUGUGAAACAAGACACUCAAACAAUUUAUAACUCAAAAUUAAUCGAAGGUGAAGAACCAAUUGAACAUAAAAUAAACAUAAAUCAGCCAAAUGAGAAUAUGAAUUUAUAUAUUGAAUUAAAUUGGCAAGGACAUUAUAAUGAACCAACGUAUACAAUCAAAAUACCUUUUGUCGAUUCAAUAAAAGAAAUACACUUAUUUUAUAAUCCUAAAACUGGCUAUUGA